CCAUAGAUCUGCUUUCUCUUUCCUCCCAAUUCCCUCCUGUGGAGGUUGCUUCAUAGAGGAAAAACCUAGAGGAAGUAGGUCUCAACUCUCAAUCCCUACCACCCUUCCUCUCAUUCUUUCAUUCAUUCAUUCUUUCUUUCUUUCACCAUGGCUUUCCCUUUCCCAUUCCCUUUCCCUUUACUUUUCCUUCUCUUCCUUUCCAUUCCCUUCUCAGAAUCCAAGCUCUCCGUCGACUACUACACAAAAACAUGCCCUGAUUUUGACUCCAUCAUGCGUGAAACUGUCACCAGCAAACAGAUCAAUAGCCCUACAACCGCCGCAGGCACUUUACGUCUUUUUUUCCAUGACUGCAUGGUUGAUGGCUGCGAUGCCUCGGUCCUCAUCUCCACAAACCCCUUCAACAAAGCCGAGCGUGACGCUGAUAUCAACCUCUCUCUCCCCGGCGACGCCUUUGAUCUGGUUGUUCGUGCCAAGACCGCCCUCGAGCUCUCUUGCCCCGGCAUUGUUUCCUGCGCUGAUAUCUUGGCUCAGGCUACGCGUGAUCUUAUCACCAUGGUGGGUGGCCCUUUCUACAAAAUACGUUUGGGACGUAAAGAUGGCUUUGAAUCAAAAGCUGAACUUGUUAACGGACAAGUUCCGCAACCAAACAUGUCCGUGAACCAAUUGAUCAAAGUUUUCGCUGCUAAAGGGUUUAGCGCACAAGAAAUGGUUGCGCUAACAGGUGCACAUACCAUUGGAUUUUCUCAUUGCAAGGAAUUCAGUCACAGAAUCUACAAUUACAGCAACACCUCCCCAUCUGACCCGGAAAUGUAUCCUAAGUACGCUGAGGCAUUGAGAAAAACUUGUUCAAACUACCUUAAAGACCCUGGAAUGUCUGCUUUCAAUGAUAUAAUGACACCAAGCAAGUUUGAUAACAUGUACUAUCAGAAUCUUCAGAGGGGAUUGGGGCUCUUGGCCACCGAUCAUGCACUCAGUAAGCACCCUAGAACCAAGCCAUUCGUAGACUUGUACGCUUCAAACCAGACUAAGUUCUUCGAGGAUUUUUCACACGCAAUGGAAAAGCUUAGUGUUUUUGGUAUCAAGACUGGCCGGAAAGGAGAGGUGAGGCACAAGUGUGACGCUUUCAACACUCUCAAGGCAUAGAAAUAUUUGUGAUUGUUUUGAUUUGUAUCCAGAAGAAACAGGGUUUUAAAAAAAAACAAAGGUUCUAAAUUCCCUUUAACUUCAUAUUUUGUUUUGCUUUUUAUAAGAACCAUGAUAGUGAUUAUAUUUAUAUGGUGAUCUGAUUGAUGUUCUUCAUGAU